UGCAUGGAUGGGAUGGGUCGGAAAGGAUGCCAGAGGAGGCAGCGUUGGAAAGGGAGGUUGCAGUAGGCCAAAAAUAUGAUCAUCUGGCUUAUGGACAACUCCAGGAGAUCCGCAACCGAUUAUUACGGUGCGUCGAUAUAUCUAUCCAGGACACACUCCUAAUUCAUGUUUGUAACGAAUGAUGCAACAAUCAGCUGGUUGGAAACUAUCAGAGCAUUUGUCGCAAAUCGAACAAAUCCACACACCACUCGCAUAUUCCAAAGAAACGAACCGACUGAAAUUACAAGUUUCUGAGAACAGUGUAAAAAAUGUUAAAAAAUGCUAUUGGAUAUUGAUUUUUGUAAAAUAAAAAUGUAUAAAUCUAAAAUUUGUGGUUGUAGAAAGUAUAUAAAGUAAUUUUAUUUACGUAUUUCGGUGUGAAACGUUUAUAAUAUGGUCUUCAAAAAACGUGAAAAAUUGCAGCGGAUAUAAAGAUUUGAUGCAAAUGUAUGGAGACUGAGAGAAAUGCGAAAAAACUACGAACUUGAGUAAUAACAAAUUUUGAAAAGUAUAAAGUGUGAGCAAAAAGAAUUAUUUGAAGGCACUAAAUUUGCCGAUGGGGUAUUGAAAUUAGAGAUUCUAUGUUUAAAAUUAAAUAUAAAAUAUAGUGCAUGUCAGAAUAGCGACAUAUAUACAUACUAACCUUUCCUAAUAAAACAAUUAUACCCGUCUACCGAUUACAAGUGCUAGUUGUUAUUGUAGCCGAUGGUUCAGCGUGUGGCUUUCAAGUUCAGAUACGAGCACAAAUUAAUAAAAUAAUAAUAUAAAAAUAAUAUUAUUAUAAUUUCUUUCUAAAUUAAAAAAAACUAUAAAAUUGAGCAAAAGACUAGAAUUGCAAAAUAUUGAAGAUGUCUACCCCAGCAGUCAUUGAGGGUACGGCAGUAGCUGGUGAGGUUGGUGACGCUUACUUAAAUUUAUCCGGUAAUACGCGUCCUUUGCCAGAUGCGGAGUCAAGUGCUCGAACUUCAGCUAUGUCUAGCCACACUUUCCGGCGUCCACGUUCAGCCGCUACACGUAUGCAACAAAGUACAGAAGAAAAUGUUGAAAGCGGUGCCGUAAACGCUCAAAGCACUGUAAGUUCUUCAUCAAGUGUCAAUGAAAGCUCAUCAGCAUACGGAAAUGCUGCACCUCCAUCUGCAGAGGAUGUAAAUGUUCCACAAACAUUAACGCCUCUAAUGCGUAUGAAGUUAUUUGAAUUAGCGACCAGCAGUAGCGAAAGUGAUGGGGAUGAAAACCAACAAGAUGCAGCCGAAGGAGAUGGUGCUAGUAAUGGCGAUGCAAGGCGUGCAGCAUCCCCACCUCCCAAUUGCGCAAUUUGUUUAGGACGUUGUAAAAAUAAAUGUUUCACUGACUCCUGCAUGCAUCAGUUUUGUUUCAAGUGCCUCUGUGAAUGGAGCAAGGUGAAACCAGAAUGCCCGCUAUGUAAGCAGACAUUUAAAUCGAUAAUACAUAACGUCAAAUCGAUUGAUCAAUUCGAGGAGUACCAUGUGCAGCCACCCACCGUACAAAUUCCACAUCGCCCCAUGGAGGUCACCCUUAGGAACUUGCCAUAUAUUUUUGAUGCCGUCGUCGUGGAAGGAUCUAGGCGUGACUGGGAUCUUCCGCGCCGAAAUUCGGCACAUCGUAUCCGUCCCGCUCGCAGUGGCAUAUUUUAUCCUUCCCCAAUGGGUGAUGCACCAGCAAAUGCAGAACAUGGCAACGUUUCAAAUGUAACCAAUUUGUAUAGUCACUACCGCAAUGAGUUGCUAGACAUGUAUCAUCGGGAAGCGCCGGAUGCUGUAGCUAGCAGUGGGACUUUAAGUCAACUAUGGCGUCGUUUUAUAUACGAUCGUCGUCUCUUUGCACUACCAGUUUGUGAUAUAACAGGACGUUUUCGUGAAAGUACAGCCAGAUUUUAUAGGGAUAACCCUGCUCAAGUGCAUCGUCUCAUGCCGUGGAUUAAUCGUGACAUAGUGUGUUUGUUGCAAAAUACUGAACACGAUGUUUCUUUGCUGCUGGAACGCAUCAACGAAAGUCUACUGCAGACAAAUAUCUUAUCACCUGCAUUCCGUCGACGUUUGCAACCUUAUUUGGGAACAAAAACAUCACAUUUCAUUCAUGAACUAAAUAACUUUGCACGUUCCCCCUACGAUAUGAUUGGUUAUGAUCGUGCUGUACACUAUUUGCCACAAGCCCCUGAAGAGAUCGUCAUAGAGUUCUCAUCAUCCGGAUCUUCCGAUGAAGGAAUCGCAUCUACUGACAAUGAACGUGGCUCACGGAGUCGUAAUACGCGUGCACGUAACGAUGGUGAAUUCAGAGUGAUCUCACGCUCCGACAAUGCUUCGGGUAGUGGACCAGCUGAUUCAGUUGGCGCAUUGCUAUCGUUUAGCGUUAGCACUACCUCAGAGGGUACAGAAGCACCUGGUGUUAGCGUUUCAAUAAAUGGACGAAGUGGACAAUCGGCCGCUAUUAAUCUCAGCACACAUAACCGCGUCAGUGGUGACAUUAUAGACUUGGACGAUUUAGAAGCUGGAUAUGAAGCGGGCGGAAACGAAAGUGCAUCAACAUCGACGGCGGCGGCUGCAACAACUGCAAAUGAAGAAGCGGCUACAACAAGCGCUGCAGCCAAUAGAACUGCACCCACCGUUACGGAAAAUAUUGAACUCAGUUCAGGUAGCAGCGACGAAUGUGAGUUCGUUUUGGAGCGUAAACCACCACAUCUACGCACACCCGAACUGGUUAGUCUGAAUUCGGAGAGUGAUUCCGAUGUGGUAUUCGUAGAUGAGUCGAAACCAUUACGCAAAACCGCAUUUGCCAGCAGUGGCGAUGAAGAACAAAAGCAGCGCCAUACUGAAAGUAAAAAUAAAAGACCAACACCUCAAACAUCAAUAACAACAGCUGUAGGAGAAACAGCUUCACACACAGCAGCCGAUCGUGAGGAGCUGUAUAAUGUGGGUGCGAGCACAUCGACAGGCUUGCGUUCGUCUGGUGGUGGACGCGGCAUAAAAGAAAUGUAUGAGCGUACAAAACGCAGCACAGCGUCUCGACGUAAACGCAAUUUACGCAGCAAUCGCUCCAAGGAAGACACCCAAGCGAAAACUAUGCACAGGGGUAAACGUAUAUAUGAAAGCAGCUGCACACCCUCAAAUACCGACUCAUCCACCAGAUCCAGUGAUAGUGAUAGCGAUGAAGAUUUCAGCAUCAAAAGACAACGUGCGAAAUCACAAAGAAAUUCAAGAAAGGCCAAACCAAAGAGCAGCAAAAGGAAAGCGACGCAACAAACACGCAGCAGUAGCAACAGUCGCAGUCGUAAUAACAGCAGCAGGAAUAGUCGAAAACGACAAAGCAUGAUCACAAAUAAAGAGAAAAAAGAACAUUCCAAACGUUGCAAAGUCGAAAUGAAUACGGACUCUGAGUACUCAAGUGAUGAUGGACAAAAUUUAAUUGAGCUGCAGCGACGAUUACAAGCGCUUAAAGAGCAAGAAGAUGAGAGGAUUGAGGCGACGCAUGACUACCUAAGUGAACGUGAGCGCGCUAUAGAGCAGUACAAUUCGGAUGGUUAUAAUAAUGCCUCAGACCAAUUACCAACUGGCUCCAGCCAAUUUGGCAAAAUACAAACGCAACAGGGCGUUGCUUUUACUAAGCAAGAAAAUUUUGAUAGCGAUACGAAUGAGAAUAGUGUACAUUCAAGUUAUGCCCUCGAUCGGCUAGUCGAAGCGGCGGAAGAGUGUUUCGGUGUGGCACGAAAUGUGUGCGUCACAUCGACAAAUGAAGAUCAAACAGCUGCGCUCAACAUUGCUAUGGAGGAGGACAAUACGUUUUCAUCUACGGUAACACAAACAACAACUGCCACAACUGUUACUACCACAGCAGCGAAUAAUCGCUCCGUAUCGCGUGCUUCAGUCACAACUAACAAUACGAAUGACGACAACGAUAAUGAUAACGAAGACAAUGAUGAGCAUCGUAAUAUGCAUGAUAACUACAAUAACAGUACUGAAAGCUCAUCAACAUCAUCAUCUACGUCAACGUCAGACCCAACUGCAUCCUCCCAUUCACUGUAUUCAGCCACUAGCGACAGUGAAGAAGACGAAGAGGAGGACGAGCAGCAGCAUCAGCAGCAGGUGGAAGCAAUAUCGGCACAUCGUGCCAAUAUAAAUGAAAAUGAAAAUGAAAAUGAGACAGAUGGCAAUUCCUUAGGCUUGCAACAAUUAUUGGAUGGUGCUUCGUUGGGUGAUGAUUGGCUAGUGCAACAGCUCGGCAUCGACGAAGAGUCUACGGCUAAUCAUGAAAAUGCAGCCGUUAAUGAGAGUUCCGAUACGGAAGAUGUAUCGCAGCAGCAGGUACAAGUCGAGGAAGGCGUUUCAGUGCCAGAUAUUGAUAACGAUGUUAGCAGUAUAUUUCUAAAUCAACACGAUUCAAAUCUUGUUAUGCCCUUCAACUACGAUGCCGAGGGCAGUCAGAGUGAUGCUGAGUGACAAAUACAUGAAUUGUAAUAUUUAGUAAACUGCGAGACGCUACAAGAUGAAUAAUUACCUAACUUUUCUGUGCACAUUACAUUUAUGCGCGUACUUUGAUUAAAUUUGAUUUUUUUUUCUUCUCAUAACAACAAACACAUGGAUGACCUAAGGAAGCGAUUGCACUAGCAGCUAAUAAAUUAAGUUGAAAUUCUGAAAAGUAUUUAAGUCAACCAAUGAGCAACUAAAAAUUGUAAGCAGAAAAAUUUCAACUCUAUUUCUAUAAGACCGUACACAAAACCGGUUUGUAGUUUUAUUAAAUUAAAGUUUAUUUACGCAUUACACUAGUUAACAACUAUUUAAUUAUACACAUACGUACGUAUGGGAAAGCACUUUUGCAUAUAAAUAUUUUACUACUUUUCAAAGCACAUUCUACUGCGUAGCCUAGCGUCAUUCAAAAUGUGUCCAAAAUAGUUUUUGAAGGAGGAGCAGCGGGUGUUGUAUGAAUUGAAUUAAAGCGCCAACGUAUGUUCGUGUAUACGGUCCAGUGGUGUGAAAUCAUUACAUAUUGAUAAUUAGUUUAUAAAUAUAAGUUAUUAAUUAAGUAGUAACCUAAGUUGAUGCUACAUAAUUUGCACGUCAUAAAGGAUAAAUGGUGAAUUUAUGUUAUAAGAAACAAAUUGGUAAUUUUCCUAUUUAAAUGACGGCUUUUAAGCACUAAAAAAAACUCAACUUACAAUUUCCAUUUGACGGUUAUUUUCAAAUAUUAGCGGCUACGCUCGAGUCUACAGUUCAAUUGCAAACAUAUUUAUUUAGCUUGUUUUCCAGUUACUAAUCGACAACAAAACUCUUUUCAUGCGAUAAAUGCAAGUCAUUCCUGUUAAUCUAAUGCUCGCCAAAAUUUAUACCGUAAAAUUUGUAAAGUAUAUGUAUUUAGUGUGGAAAUGUAAUAAUAAUCAAGUCACAAUAGUUCACUCUCUCUCUCUCUCUCUCUAUAGUUCUUCAAAGAUAUUUGAGCAAAGAUAUAGAAAUCAAUUUAAUAACAUGACACACACACACAUAUAUACACUCAUACAUGUUUAAAUUCCACUGUAGACAUUUGCACACAUAACUGUGGUCGAAGUUUGGAUACUGUAAGAAAUGUUAUUGGAGGAGUCUGUACAAACAAACAAAAAAAAAAAAAACAAAAAAUAAAAAUAAUAAUAAUAAAUAAAUAAACAAACUAUACAUUAUUAAGCACACCAAUUGUUCUGCAUUCAUAUAUAUACACAUAUAUGUAUGAAUGUAUGUAUGUAUAUUUAGUUAUAAGGCACGUUAACAAAAACAAAAACAAAAAUAAAAUAAAUGAAAACAACACAAACCACAAAGAAAUCUACAAAUUUAUGACCCCGAGAAAUUUUAGUUUAGCAUAUAAUUUUACAUCAAUGAAUUAAUUAUACAUUAAAUAUAUACAUAUACAUACAUAUAAAUAUAUACAUAGAUUUUUUUAUUAAGAGUUGCUUAAAAGUAUAGAGAUUAUACGUCUGUUAUAGACUAUAAUAAUGCUAAAUAAAUGAAACGAACAUACUACACUAUACUACUACUAUGUGGAAGAUUACUUACAUACAUACACAUGUACUCGUAUAACGUAAAAUAAAUUAUAUAACACAGAAUAAUAGUACAUAACAAAUAAGUAUUCUCAUGGACAUCAAGAGGAAAGAAGAGAAAGGAAUGUCAUCUGUAUAUUCGAUUCGUAUUCGUUAAUAAAUGUAAGAAAAUAUU